ACGCAAAAGUCGCUCAUAGCAGGAAAAAGACGCACUGGAGGACGGGCACUCCGGUCCACCCGCGAAUGCCGCAAGAAAAAAGGAAGCAAGAACGACGGAGAUGAGACGCAGAGCGAGUUUCCCACCCAAGGUGGAACUGGGAAAAAGUUAAAGCACGAUUCUCUGCCCAACUCCCCAUUACGCUGUACGGAGGAUGGAUGCGUCCUGGAUCGUCGUCAUCUCGCUAUUGGGUCCUGCGUAUAGGUCGAUCCCCGGCCAAAUAUGGGCCCAAGGACAAAGGGGAGGUUACCCUUGGCUAUUAUCUCUUAGGGGCCAUCUUGAGGGGAGGAGAAUCGGUGUUGUCAGCGUCAGCCUUGUGCUAUUGGCUUCGAAGUUUUCCGAGCUUAUACUAUCUAAGUGGUUUCCGCCGCCAUUGGCAUCUGGUUCCCCUCGGUAUCUCUUCCUCCGCCAUUCCUUGGUCUGUUUUUCUUUUUCUUUUGUAUUGUCAUUAUGCCAUGCUCCUCCCCACAUCAGACGAGUUCAACCAUCACGGUGAGUUUAUUUCUAGAGCAGGCGGAGGGGCACUGGCACUGUCCGGCGGGACACUGGCAAGAGGAGCCACAGCUGCAAGUGUGAUCGGAACCUGGAAGAUACGGUCAGCGCGAAUGAUUCGUGCAAAAUCCCAUGUCCUCAGAGCAAGUGAUUUCCCUCGGACGGUGUUUCCCAUGAAUGAGAAAUACCCCGCCAUAUUGCCCCACCCAGGACCCGGACAAACAGGACCUGGGCAUCGUUGUGUGUUUCGAUAGAAGGGGUGGAGGGGAUGCGCAGGCAAAGGAGCAGCAGCUUACCCAUGACGACGAGUGUAGAGUGAGAUUGCGGGAAUCAAGAAUGGAGGGCGCAGGGAGAAAGAGUUGCGGUGAUGGUGUCGCUGGGAAAGAAAGCGGCCGGGCGGGGUAUUUAUACACGACGCUAGUCGUUUCACCUUUGCCCUCUCGCUCUCUCUCUGUCUCUCUCCCUCUCGCACGCCCCCAACGGCUCGAGAUGAUUAUGAGCAAAUUUCUGCGCCCAUGCACCCGCCACCCACUCUGAAUGGCCGUCCUGUGCGCUGAAUGGGCCUCUCAGCUGCUCUAGCUUCCUAAUUAGUGGCC